AUGAGUGAAGAAUCUAAAGUAUUCCCCUUUGCAGAUGCUCCAAGUAUUGUACAAGCCCAUCAGAAGGAUAUCUACAUAGAAUCUAUCCUUGGAAACAAGUUGGAAGAUGCUAUAAAGGCUAUUAAAGGGCAAUUUUUUAGGAAUAGAUAUUCUCAAGAGAUUUUUCUCAGUGCUAAGUUGUUAUAUUUAUCAUUAACGACUUUAAAGAAUAAGAGAACAUUAGGGGAAGAAUAUGUUGAUUUAAUCUAUGUUGAUAAAAGAGGCACAGGGUUGGUUAAAAAGUGGCAGCGAAUGGCAUUUAUUUUAUCUUAUGCGAUUUUGCCUUAUGGUCUAUCGAAGUUGUUUAAGUAUACCAAGACGAGGUACCUUGAUAAUGAUGCUGAUGAUGCUAACUGCAAAAGACGCACUGUUUUAAACUACCUCAGCAACUUGAUGUUCAAAGACAUCAUGGACAACAUAUUAAAUAUACAUUUAUUGGCGUUUUAUCUCACAGGCGAGUUCUAUCAAUUAUCUAAACGAGUUUUUGGUCUACGAUAUGCUAUUGGACAUGAUAUUAAUAAGGAUGAAAAAGAAUUCAGAACAUCAAGCUCGAGAAGCUACAGAAUACUAGGUGGUAUUGUAUUUUUGCAAAUACUAGCUAAAGUUUUGCCAAGUGUGAACAGUAUGACGAAAUCAUAUUUGGAAUCAUCUGACCAUGAUGUUGCCUCUUCUGAUGAUGUUUUGACGGGUAUACCUUCUGAAUCCACUACACACAUUGAUUUGAGUAACCCUAAAUGUUUGCCAUUGAUUCCAGAGCAUUCACGCAGUUGUAUCUUAUGUCUUGUAGAUAUGGUUGAUCCUAGCUGUUUGCCCUGUGGACAUCUGUUCUGCUGGAAUUGCAUUAUGCAUUGGUGUACUGAACGUAGCGAAUGUCCACUGUGCAGACAGCACUGCUCUAAACAGUCUAUCCUGCCAAUAAGAUAG